UUUCUCUGUCUUCCAUUCAAAACUCCAAGCUGCCGCGUCCAAAUCUAUAAUUUUAAUUGCAUUUUGCCUGCCUGCCAGAGUCCAUAGUGUUUCUCGUAAAACUUGGGAUCUAUAAAUGCUACAAAUCCCUCUGAAAAUCUCCAUAAAUACAUAAAGCCCUACUCAGUUGCAGUUUGGUGGAGUUCAGUAUUUAAUUUUUGUAUUGGUUAUUUUCUGUUAAGAUAUAAGAAAAAAAUGCCGAGACGAAGAGUUAAAAGGAAUGUGAAAGAAGCUGCAUCAUCACCUGGUCCUGGUGUUGAGCCCCAAAUCCAAGAACAAGGAAAACAAGUGCCCUUAAUAGACCAUGAAGCUGGUAAGGCCGCUGAUGAAACAGAAAAAGAAAUAGAAAAACAAGUUCAAUUGAUCGACCAAGAAGUUGAGCGGCAAUGUGCUGCUAUUAGGGCUAUAGGUGAAGUCGAAAUUGAGCAUUCGUUGACAAGGUUGCGUUUGCUCCGCUCGUAUUUUAGCGAGGAGAAACUGCAGACACCUGUUCUUCAGUUUUUCAGAGAAAAUCUUCCAAACUUAUCCAUCAUAAAGAAUAGCGAAACUGGAGAAUUCGAAGUGCGGUGGAGUGAUAAAGAUGAUAAUUUGUCGAUGAGCCAAGCUCCUAAUGGUAGAGACUUACAUGCUUCUCUUCUACAUGGUCUGUCCGUAGCUUAUCCUGACUGCUCUGCUAAUCCUUCUCUUUCUGGCUUUGAAUUAUCGAGCAAUGCGGUGAGAACAAGCCUGUUAGGUGUUGACAGCCUGCAGAUGAAGGACUUUGUUAUGGAGGGUCCACCUGAUUCUCAGAUGUUUGUGGAUGGUCUCAAAACUCCUGGGGUUACUAGCCAGAGGAUGUCUAUUGGGAUGACACCUAAAACCUUAAGGCUUCCUAAGCCUGGUGAGAUGCUUCUCUCUGUCCGUGGCUCACCCCUUGGUGUCUAUAAGGAAGAUAAUAUGGAAGCUAUACAUGAGUCAGAAGAGGGUUGAUUGGCAUUGGCUUCAUUCCACUCAGUUAGAGUUAAAGUAUGAAGCAUUUGCCAAGUUGAAUGUACUUCCAUCGACUGUACAAAGGAUCACUGUGUAUUACAAAAAAAAAAAUUGCUGUACUUAUUAUUAUCUUCACGCACAACUGUAGUUGACUAGCCUUGCAAAUUAAGGAUCUCUGCAGGUCUUCUAUUUAUCUGCUUUUCUAAAUGCAGAGAACUAUUCACCUAGCAAUUUUAAAUUGUAACUGAGUAGCAUAUCUUCAAUUUAGUGGUGGUCUAGCUCUCGCGUAUUAAGGAUC